GGGUCGGUCCUGGAUCCCGGAGACACGGACGAGGAAACGAAGAGAGGAAGCAGACACGAGGCUGAAGCUGGUGUGCAGGAUCCAGAACCCAUGAAGAUGAACCGGCUUGUGCAGGUCCUGGCCCUGGCCCUGCUCCUCACCAUCUGUGUGGCCCGGUCCCCGUACCAGGCGGUCCUGCAGCACAGCCGGAUCAGAGGCCGGCAGCAGGGGCCAAAUGUUUGUGCCAUGCAGCAGAUUAAAGGCACUGAUAAGAAAUACUUCACCAACUGCAAACAGUGGUACCAUCGCAAGAUCUGCGGAAAACCCACGGUCAUCUCCUACGAGUGCUGUCCGGGAUAUGAGAAGAUUCCUGGAGAGAAGGGCUGUCCUGCAGCGCUGCCUCUGGUGAACAUCUUCAACACCCUGGGCGUGGUCGGAGCCAUCACCACACAGAUGUACUCCGAACGGGCCAACCUGAAGGAGGAGAUCGAAGGACCCGGCAGCUUCACCUUCUUCGCCCCGAGUAACGAGGCCUGGGCCGCCCUGCCCACAGAGAUCCUGGACGCUCUGGUGAGCAACGUGAACAUCGAGCUGCUCAACGCUCUCCAUUACCACAUGGUGAACCGCCGGCUGACCUCAGAGGAGCUGAAACAUGGCUCCUCCUUCCCCUCCAUGUACCAGGACUUCCACGUCCACAUCCACCACUACCCCAACGGCAUUGUGACGGUGAACUGUGCUCGUCUCAUCAAACCUGACCAACACGCCACCAACGGCAUCGUGCACGUGGUCGACCGCGUCAUCACCGCCGUCUCCAACAACGUUCAGACUCUAAUCGACGUCGAUGACGAUCUGGAGACACUGCGUACGGCGAUCGCAGCUGCAGGUCUGACCGCCCUCUUGGAGAGCGAGGGUCAGUACACCAUCUUUGCGCCAACCAACGAAGCCUUCGAGAAGAUUCCCCAGGAGACCCUGAACCGGAUCUUGGGAGACCCCGUGGCUCUGAAAGACCUGCUCAACUACCACAUCCUGAAGCACAUGCAGUGCGCCGAGUCCAUCGUGUCAGGGACGCCGAUGGAGACGCUGCAGGGCACCAUGCUGGAGGUCGGCUGCGACGGAGACCAGAUGACCCUGAACGGAAGGGCCAUCAUCACCAGGAGGGACCAGCUGGGAACCAACGGGGUCAUCCACUACAUCAACGAACUGCUCAUCCCAGACUCAGCCAAAACUCUCCUGGAACUCGCCGAGGGUUCGUCCGUCGCCACGGCAACCAAACUAUUUGUAGACGCAGGUCUGAGCUCCCACCUGACGGGUUCUGAACCGCUGACAUUGCUCGCUCCUCUGGAUGACGCCUUCAAGGGAAGUAUGACGAUGACACCGGACAUGAGGAGGCUGAUGACCAACCACAUCCUGAAGGAGCAGCUCUCCUCCAAGUCUCUGUACCACGGACAGGAGCUGGAGACGCUGGGAGGUCUCAAACUCAGAGUGUUCGUCUACAGAAACAACCUGUGCAUUGAAAAUGCCUGCAUCGCCGCCCAUGAUAAGAUCGGCCGCUACGCCACCAUGUUCACUGUGGACAAAGUGCUCACCCCCCCGAUGGGAACAGUUAUGGACGUCCUGAAGGCAGACGACCGCUUCAGCCUUCUGGUCGGCGCCAUCCAGACAGCCGGGAUGACGGAGCUGCUGAACCAACAGGGGGCGCUGACGUUCUUCGCCCCCACAAAUGACGCAUUCAGCGCCAUCCCACAGGCCGAACUCAACAAACUGAUGCGUAACCGUCAGGAGCUGUCCAACGUCCUCCGGUACCACCUGGCCGAGGGGAUGGUGGUCAGCGGAGGCGUGGGGUCUCACACCAGACCCAAAACUUUGCAGGGGGAGAAGCUGGAACUGGGCAUGAGGAACUACACGAUUUACGUCAACAGGAAACCAGUGGCGGAAGCAGACCUGAUGGCGACCAACGGAGUCGUCCACGCCAUCAACACCAUCGUCAAACCUCUGCCUCCUAAGGUGGACAGGGAACAGGCUGAUGGACCUGCACUUCCCGUCAGAUCGGCAUCUUCAUCCAGGCUCGACUCCAGGAGCUUCAGGAACGACGAUCUUUUUCAGAAGGUGAUUAAGAGUCGCUCCAGCAGGACGAUGCCUCGGCGCCAAAAAUAAACCACACAACAAUACUUCUGAGUAACCAACGAAGAAGAGCAGAGCACCUUCUCAACCCAAAGGGCCAAAGGUCACAAGUUUUCCCCCUCAAAUCCUUUAACACAGCACACACGUUUUCGUUUCUUUUGUUUUUUAACCAUCGAAGCGAACCGAUCAGGAAAACAUCUGCGUUAAAAUUCAGGUUUUAGUUUGACUGAGAUACAAAAGAAACACUGUACAUGUCUUCAAAUCACACGCUUUGAACAUUUUAGAUGAAGCUCUUCAGAUUUCUGUAUUUGUAUUUGUUUACACACAGUCUAACGAUGUAUCUGAAAAGCAUUCUGGGAAAUGUAGGAAACCACUAUCUGAAGCAGAAGAUGAACACACAGACGUCUGGGUUGGUUUUUAUUGGACUGUGCGACAGAAUCUGAGGGGGUUUUCUUCUGAAAACGAUGAAAUAUUGUUAGAGAAGAAGGUGCUGUUUUUAUUCUUUACCUAAACAGUGUUGUAUUUUCUAUGUACUGUAAAAAAAAAGAAAAACAAACCCAGCUAGUUUUUGCCCGUUAGUCACAAAGUUUGAAGUCUUGAACACUUUUUGUAAAACUUGUAUGUCCGUGUUUUUGUGUGCGCGAUGGUCCUGCAGCAUGUGUGCAGGUUUAAGCUGAAACCAAAGAAUCAAACAGUCAUCGGAAGGUUUUCUGGGGGAAUUUAGGAAUUUGUUUUUUCGUUGUGUUUUUGUAAAAUAAAGCGGAAAAGUGCCACAAACACCUGAA